GGUUCAGGAAAACAUACCCACUAACGUCCAAGAGGUCUAACCUCCUUCCCUACGAUUUUCUGGAUAUUCAUACAAAAAUGGGCGCCGGCUGCUCAAAUGUAUCUGUUUGCGGGUGGCCUUCCAGCCUCAAGCCUUCACUUCUCGGUUCAUCUGACGUUGUGGAUGGGAAGAAAAACUUUUGGCCCAGCUUUACUGAAUUCAGCCUAGAGGAGCUGAGGGCUGCAACCAACGAUUUUUCUUCGGACAACAUUGUGUCGGAGCACGGAGAGAAAGCUCCCAAUGUGGUCUACAAAGGGCAGAUGAAGAAUGACAAACUGGUUGCUGUGAAACGCUUCAAUAAGUCUGCUUGGCCUGAUUCCCGUCAAUUCACGGACGAGACCAAGGCAGUGGGGAGCCUAAGGAGCGAGAGACUGGCUAAUCUUAUAGGAUAUUGCUGCGAAGGGGGAGAGAGACUGCAGGUGGCUGAGUUCAUGCCUAAUGAGACCCUUGCAAAGCAUUUAUUUCACUGGGAGAGCCUGCCAAUGAAAUGGGCAAUGAGGUUGAGGGUGGUGUUUUACUUGGCACAAGCUUUGGAGUAUUGCAGAAGCAAGGGUAGACCAAUAUAUCAUGAUCUGAACGCUUACAGGGUCUUGUUUGAUCAGGAUGGUAAUCCGAGGCUAUCGUGCUUUGGCCUCAUGAAGAAUAGCAGAGAUGGGAAAAGUUAUAGUACAAACCUGGCGUUCACUCCCCCCGAAUACAUGAAGACAGGAAGAGUGGUACCUGAGAGUGUGAUCUACAGCUUUGGGACUAUGUUGCUUAACGUUUUGAGUGGCAAACACAUUCCUCCUAGCCAUGCACUAGAUUUAAUCCACGGCAAUAAUUUUCAGAUGUUGAUGGAUUCUUGCCUGGAAGGUCAGUUUUCUAAUGAAGAUGGCACUCGACUAGUGGAGUUGGCCACGCGUUGUCUUCAUCAUGAGCCGCGAGAAAGGCCAACUUUAAAGUCUGUGGUUGAAUCUCUUCUCUCUCUCCAAAAGGAAACACAGGUGCCAUCAUAUGUCCUAUUGGGUAUUCGCGAUGGCGAUGAGAGUCCAGCAGAACCAUUGUCGUUGACACCAAUGGGCGAAGCCUGCUUGAGAAUGGAUCUCACUGCGAUUCAUGAAAUACUGGAGAAGACUGGGUACCAGAAUGACGAGGGAAUUGCCAAUGAGCUAUCUUUCCAAGUAUGGACGGAUCAGAUGCAGGGCAACCUAAAUUUCAAGAAGCAAGGGGACUCAGCUUUCCGGGCCAAGGAUUUUGAAACCACCAUUGAUGGUUACACACAGUUCAUUGAUGGUGGCAGUAUGGUAUCGCCCACUAUCUAUUUGAGGCGAUGCUUGUGUUAUCUGAUGAUGAGCGACGGCAAGGCACAGAAUGCUCUAGGGGACGCACUACAAGCUCAAAAAAUUUCCCCCCAAUGGCCAGCUGCGUUUUAUUUACAAGCAGCUUCCCUUUUCACCCUCGGGAUGGAAAAGGAAGCCCGAGUCGCACUCCGAAACGCCACCAAUUUGGAAGCUGCUAAAAGGAGCAGAAACUAAUAAUUAAGCUUAAUUUCACCGUGUGGGUGGUUAUUGAAACCAUUUCCAUUGGGGACUAUACAUGGAUGUGGGUACGUGUUAUUAUGUAAUCAGUCAGAUGAGAAUAAGAAAACGAGAUGAGUUCAGUGUUCGGAAUUGCAGUGUAAAUUUUGCGUAUCCUUUCUGGGAUGGAU